AUGUUCAGAGCUAGAGCGCCGCUUCAAAAAGCCUUCCGCCGCCGCUUUUGUUCAAAAGGCGGCGCCGAAAACUUUGAGAUGUCGAAACUUAAGAAUGGCGUUAGUGUCGCCACCAGUAAUGUUCCGGGCCACUUCUCAGCGCUAGGAUUAUACGUAGGAGCAGGUUCACGGUAUGAAACGAAGAAUCUACGCGGCUGUACGCACAUCAUGGACCGAUUGGCUUUCAAAUCCACAGAGCAUACAUCUGGGCGUCAAAUGGCAGAAACGCUGGAGUUAUUAGGCGGAAACUAUCAAUGUUCGUCCUCGAGGGAGACUAUGAUGUACCAUGCUUCUGUGUUUAAUAGAGAUGUUGAAAAGAUGUUCUCGUUGAUGGCCGAGACUGUGCGUUUCCCCAAGAUUAGCGAGGAGGAGCUUGAAGAACAAAAGUUAACCGCGCAGUACGAAAUAGACGAGGUUUGGAACAAGCAUGACUUAAUACUACCCGAGCUGCUGCAUGUCACCGCGUAUUCUGGUGAAACCCUGGGAUCGCCUCUCCUAUGUCCCCGCGAGCUGAUCCCUUCGAUCUCGAAGUAUUAUCUCAAUGACUAUAGGCGCAAAUUCUACACUCCCGAGAACAUGGUGGCUGCAUUCGUUGGGAUUCCUCACGAAGAAGCCGUGAGUUAUGCAGAGAAAUAUUUCGAGGACAUGGCUCCGGGAAACGGGAGGCCCACGAUAAAACCAGCACAUUACACCGGUGGCGAAACAUGCAUUCCGCCUGGCCCUGUGUUCGGCAAUUUGCCCGAGCUUUUCCACAUCCAAAUCGGCUUUGAAGGCCUCCCUAUUGGACACUCUGACAUUUAUGCACUGGCCACUCUGCAAACCCUUUUGGGAGGAGGAGGCUCCUUCAGUGCUGGCGGUCCCGGAAAGGGCAUGUAUUCGCGCCUGUACACACAUGUUUUGAAUCAGCAUUUCUUUGUUGAGAACUGCAUGGCGUUCAACCACUCCUACUCAGAUUCAGGGAUUUUUGGCAUAUCAGCAUCGUGUGUGCCGCAGGCUGCUCCAUACAUGGCUGAGAUUAUUGCACAGCAAUUUGCGAAUACCUUCGCCACAGACAAGCUAAAGCUGACAGAAGAGGAGAUUUCGCGCGCCAAAAACCAGCUUAAAUCCUCGCUUCUUAUGAAUCUCGAGUCCAAGCUCGUGGAACUUGAGGAUCUGGGAAGGCAGGUCCAAUUGCAUGGUCGCAAAAUACCAAUUGAAGAAAUGAUAUCUAGCAUCGAAAAGUUGACAGUCGAAGACAUUAGGCGAACUGCAGAAGCCGUCUUUACCGGAAAAGUCAACAACAAAGGGGAGGGCACGGGCAGGGCCACUGUUGUUAUGCAGGGCGAAAGAGAAGCAUUCGGAGAUGUCGAAGGAAUACUCAAACACUAUGGUCUUGGGAACUAUGAGAAGUUCAACACAUCAGCUUUGAAGACAUCUAAGAAGAAGGGAUGGUUCUGA